AUGUGUGGUUUUGGAGACAAAGAUCGUCGUACUAUUGAUCCUCCUCCAAUUGUCAGACUACUCGCAACAACAUUAGAUGGAACACCCGUACCUGAAAGUUCUAUCGACUAUUCUAUGAUGAUUGUUCACGCCGGUCUGUGGUCUAGAGAUUGCAAAGAAGAACGUGGCUUAGUAGUUAAUCCUACUUCCAUGUUUACUAAAUCAGCUAACUCUAAUUCAGCUGUCAUGUCCGUGAAUGCACCCUUGAAUACUCGGAAUCUCAUGGGUCAUUGCACAUCUUCCGCAUAUGUGCUUAAUAAUCAUGCUGGUCAAAAGGGAAUUUAUUUUAUAUUUCAAGACCUUUCUGUUCGAACGGAAGGUACUUUUACCCUAAAAUUCUCGUUUUGUAACAUCAAAGAAUUAAUGGCUCAACCCCCUGAUGGAUUAACAAAUGCCAGUGGAAACGUUACAGCUGAAGUGUACAGUGCGCCUUUUAAGGUUUAUUCUGCAAAGAAAUUCCCAGGAAUGACAGAAUCAACUGAGCUUUCUAAAGCUUUCGCCAAACAAGGAAUUAAAAUUCCGAUUCGUAAGGAUGCAUAUUAUAGGAAAGUCUGCAAUAACAAUUUACACAGGCAACCCAGUGUAGACGCUCCUAAGACAACAAUAGAGACACUUGAAAUCUCCAGCAGUGAUUCUGAGGAUACAGAUCAUUUUGAUGAAAAUAAUGAAACAC